AGAUUUUGUUCAGGCAUCUUCCCGGAAGCCUUCCGUGCUGACGUCAGACUGUGUGAGGACCCCAGGAUGUCCAUGCUAGCUGAGCCCCGCAGGAAGCAGAAGUGGUCCGUAGAUCCCAGGAACAGCGCCUGGAGCAACGAUGACUCCAAGUUUGGACAGAAGAUGUUGGAGCGGAUGGGCUGGUCCAAAGGAAAGGGUUUGGGCCGGACCGAGCAGGGAUCCACCGACCACAUCAAGGUCAGCGUGAAGAACAACAACUACGGCCUGGGAGCCAACGCCAGCCACGAGGAUAACUGGAUCGCUCACCAGGAUGAUUUCAACGAACUUCUGGCUCAACUGAACAACUGUCACAGUCAGAACAACAGCAACGAAAGUGCAGCAGACGACCAGAAAGGAUUCAGUCUGGAGGAGAAAUCCAAGACCUCCAGGAAAAGGGUCCACUACAUGAAGUUCACUAAAGGGAAGGACCUCUCGUCUCGCAGUGAAACCGACCUGAACUGUAUCUUUGGGAAGAGGAGUCGAUCCUCCAGAGACCCAGAACAGGACGGCAGCAGCAGCGACUCUCAGGUGGACACCGACGGCGCCAGGACUCCGUGUGAACUGGAGCCCGAGACCAUCACCAAGACGGUCACCAGCUCCCUCACCAUGCAGGAGUACUUCGCCCAGAGGAUGGCCCAGCUGAAGAAGGCCAGAGGAGCUUCAGCUGCACCUGAGGAACCCAACCAGGACCAGGACCAGGACCAGACCGAGGAACCCAAGAAGAAGAAGAAGCAGAAAAAGAGGAGGAAGGAGGAGGAGAUGGAGGAGAAGGUGGAGGUGAUCGCAGAGGACCAGGAUCAGCAGGAGCCCUCUAAGAAAAAGAAGAAGAAAAAGAGGAUAACAACAGAAAACUUUGAGGUGAACUGCAGCGCCUCCUGUGGUGUGGAGGAGAACUACAACCAGCCACCUGCUGCUGAGAAGAAGAAGAAGAAAAAGUCUAAAAACCAGAAUAAAGAUGAGUUAAACAAACAUGAAGUGUGGAGAAAGUGUGGAGAAAGUGUGGAGUCAGAGGAAGGACAGAAGAAGAAGGACGACGUCAGAGAGGAAGACAGCGAGGAGAAGAAACCCAAGAAGAAGAAGAAGAAGAAACAUCUAGAAUAGACGGACUCUGUGGACGAUUUUAGGAACAGAUAUCUGGUAGAAACACCUGAACAAUGAAACAUAUCCAGAGAUUCAGCAGAUGAUUCAUCAGGAACAGAUUUACCGUCUAAAAUCAGACAUUUAAACCCUGAACAGUUUAAACGACGUUGAGCUAAACUGGAUGAUCUGUUCAGUCAGCUCUGAACACUCACAUGUCUUUAACCUGUUAAACAGCUACUAGUUGUCAGUUAUUAAAUUAAUCUACAGCCAUGACAUGAUUGAACAGGCUGAAGCUUUCAGAUGUUCAUCCAGAUUCUGACCUGUUUCUGCAGAAUCUACAAUCAUUCAGUGAAGCUCAUUUUAUGCAUCAUUUAGACCAGGAGAGUCAGAUUAUUCUAGUCCAGUCUGAUCUCCAGUAAAACCAGUACAACCACAGCAUAAUAACCUCUAAAUAACCACAACUCCUAAUGGUUCCUAAUGUUCACAUUUCAGGAAUUAUCUUUCUACAAAACAUCAUGAACAACCUGAAAUUUAUGAAGAAAAUAAAUUCAGUUUCAUCGACAUUCAUCCUCAGUUUAUCAUUUCCUCAUUACAACUUCCAGAUCACAGAGUGUCUACAAAGGAACACAACAUUUAGUCACCUGGAGCUGAACCGUGGAGGAUUUACUGGAGGAUAAAAAAUCAGACAAAAAUAGACAGAAUAUUACAAAAAUGAGACGCAAAAUGACAAAAAUUUAAAGAGUUAGAAAGUGGCAAAAAGUGGACACAACAAAAUAAGAUAGAAUGACAACAACAAUACACAAAAAAGUAACAAAACAAAAUGAGAAAAAUGAGAAAAAACACCAACGAGACAAAAAGAAAACACAAAAUGAUGAAAACAUGAGAAACGACAGGAAACAAAAUAAGAAUUUGGUAAAAAAUUUUGACAAAAAAGUUGAAGUGACAAAAAAACGGCAAAACGACAAAAUGUUACGAAAAUGAAACACAAAAGAACAAAUAAACAAUCUAGUAUUUUACUUUCUGAUCCAAACAACUUGUCAUGGUCUAGAAAUGAUUUUAAAUUUAUAGUUUUACUAAUUUACAAUCUGCAGUUAAUGUCUUCUCUGUAAUUUUUACACUUUGAGGACCGGAUUGGACCCUCUGGAGGACCACUUUUGGACCACGGGCCUCAUGUUGGACACCCCUGGUCUAUAGAUUGAAUAAAGGUGAAGUUUGCUUCUAUAAUCCAGUGACUAAAUCUUUGGGUGCAUCAGUUUAUUGACGCAGUGUUUCUCCAGCCUAGCCAUGCUAGACCCAGCUCUGAAGACACAAGGGUGUAGGAACGCUGGACAGGGAGGGAGGCGGGCUAAAAGGUUGUCUAUCAAAUCCCUCUGCAGCAAUUGGGUAGGUAUACAACCAAUCAGUGCAACAAAUAGGCUGACGUGGCUCCUAGAGCGCCGGCGGAGUGUGGCUAAGUCCCAUUAGCUUCCCAACCAGCGGAGCCAACUGGUAUAUUAAGGAUUUUCCAUAUCCCGUCGGCAUAAGUCCAAAUACGUCUUUCUUCUCAAUGAAACACUUCAGUGCCGUCCUUUGUUCAUCUUUCAGGUUGAAUUUUAGCUUCAAAUCUUUAAGGGCUGUGGCCAAAGCUGAGUCCAAAGAUAACUGUUUAUUGUUUCCGGUUGUUUCUGUCAGAAUCAUCACGCCUCUGUCGUCACUUAGUUACGCCCGCCUUCUGACUCUACACUUCAUGGUGAUUGGUCCGGCCAGUUUUAGGAGCAUCCAGCCUCGAGCCUUAUGGAGGGUAACUAGACCCACCCUGGCAGAGAAUUAAAUUCGUUGCCGUAGGUUGUCUUGCGCGGCUAGGCUACUGUUUCUCUGUAGAUUCUGUUUGACUUUUUCCAGCUGUUUGAUGAUUUCUUCUUCAUGUUUUCCAUUAAAGCAACCCAGAGACGGUUUUGUUGGUUUUCUUUUAGAGCUCAGAACAAACAGGACCAGGACCCGUGUAGUCCUGGACCUGGAACAGGUGGGUAGGUAAAGGUUAGAAUGUCAGCACUGGUUUAUGUCAGAUGAUCCACGAACAGCAGCUUCACAACACAAACAUGACGCAUGAAGUUCUGGAGCCAUCUGACAGAAGAGGAGGAAGUUAAUGAGCUGUGAGUCAGAGCAGGAACAGGAAGUCCCAGGUUUACAGUCACUGGUUUAGUCUGAGGAGGAAAACCUGCUGCUGCAAACAUCCAGGUGUUUCAACCUGUCAUCACAUACUCAGCUGUGAUUGGCUGAAACCACACAGUUCAUUCUGACCCACUGGUUCACCAGAGGAAAGUUAAAGUACUCUGUAGAAACACCAUGAUGCUGCCUCCACCGUGCUUCACAUCAUGAUGCUGCCUCCACCGUGCUUCAUGUCCUGAUGCUGCCUCCACCGUGCUUCACAUCAUGAUGCUGCCUCCACCGUGCUUCACAUCAUGAUGCUGCCUCCACCGUGCUUCACAUCAUGAUGCUGCCUCCACCGUGCUUCACAUCAUGAUGCUGCCUCCACCGUGCUUCAUGUCCUGAUGCUGCCUCCACCGUGCUUCACAUCAUGAUGCUGCCUCCACCGUGCUUCACAUCAUGAUGCUGCCUCCACCGUGCUUCACAUCAUGAUGCUGCCUCCACCGUGCUUCAUGUCCUGAUGCUGCCUCCACCGUGCUUCACAUCAUGAUGCUGCCUCCACCGUGCUUCACAUCAUGAUGCUGCCUCCACCGUGCUUCACAUCAUGAUGCUGCCUCCACCAUGCUUCUCAGUGGGGAUGGUGUGUUUGUGAUGAUGUUCAGUGUUUGGUGUCCAUCAUCAUAAUCUUUAUUCCAGACUCAAAAUGGUCCAUAAAAUUACAUACAAAUACAAAAUUUAUAAAAAAACAGUAACAAAACAAAAAAACAAUCAAACAAACAAAAAAACAACAACAACCAAAAAAAAACAAAAACACUACACAUGUAAACUAUAUAAACACUCUCUUCAGUGUCUCCAGAGCACAGAAGUGUAGCGGACACUGCUCUGCCCAGGUGACAAAGGCUUGAAUAACUUUAUUAUCAGAAUCCAUGAGUCGCUUAGAGAACUUAAAAAUAAAAUUUCUAAUAACAACAUUCAGUGUUCUGACAUUAUUAUGCACAAACAACUGGCUCGCACUGGUCCACCGAGGGACCUUCAUUAGAAGCCUAAAGGCAUCAUUGUAUGCCACAUGCAGCUUUUUAAAUGUGGCUUUUGUGUAGCCACACCACAAGUGGGCAGUAUAAAGUGGUGUGCAAAAGGCUUUAAACAAAGCAACUUUAACAUUACGUGUACACGAUCCAAAUUUUCUAAGGAGUAUAUUAGCUUGUGCAUACAAUUUACAAUAUAUGUCCAUCAAACAUAUCAUCUAGUCUGAUGGACAUAAAGCUCCAUCCUGGUCUCCUCAGACCAAAGAACCUUCUUCCAGGUGUCUUCAGAGUCUCCACAUGUCUUCUGGUGAACUCUAGUCCAGAUUUAGUUGGAGCUUUUUCCAUCAGAGUCUUUCUCUUUUUCUCCAUGAAGCUUUGACUGGUGAAGAACAGACAGCCGUUGUUGAUGAACAGUCUGAAGCUGGAACUCCUUCAGAGGAGUCAUAGAGUCUUGGUGGCCUCCCUCUGUAUCAGGUGAUUCCCUUUAAUAUUUAUGCAGUCACUUUAAAAAAAAAUUAUAUUAAUUAAUUGAAUUACUUUCAAUAAACCUUUGAUAUGAACAUC